AUGAAUUUCAAGCUGGAGUUACACACAAACAGAUAUGUGGAUGGGAUUGGUAACUUCUUCACUUUGGAGUUUGGCCGGAUGACUCUAGAAGUUGAGAUAACCCCGUUGGAAUCGUGUUUUAGUUACAGUGACUACAAUGAAGCAGUCCCUCCAACUAAAAUUGAAACUGACAAUUUACAUUCCAACAUGGAGUGUGAUGAUGUAGAUGAAAACAUCAGUUCUGGACAAGAAGAGAAUUGUAAACGUAAAAUGGGUCCAUAUAGAUACUACUCUGAGGUACAGAAAAUUAAAGAAUUGAGCCAGGUACCCGUUGUUAUCUUGGAAAAUAAGAUUGAUGUUUGCACUGCAUGUAGUGAGAUGGAAUUAAAGAAUGCUUUGGGGUUGUACAACACAACCGGCAAGGAUACCGGAAAAUUGCCCGAAGGUACUAGACCAAUCGAGGUGUUUAUGGUUUCUGUUUUUAUGAGGUCUGGCUAUGGCGAAGCAUUCAAGUGGUUGUCUCAAUACAUCUGA